CAUCGGCAUUCGCUCGCAGGCCGGUGGUGCGUGCGGAUUAACAAUUCGCAGGUGGUACGUGUCUCGGUGUGACAAUCACGAACUGACAGUUCCCCCCCAAUUACCCUCCUGCUAAUCAAUACCAACGGAUCAGCGAAAUGAUUGUACUUAAUCAAUUGUGAAAUGGGACUGUAGGAUUUCACUAACAUUUAUGAUUAUUUAAAUAUUUCUUGAAUAUUUGAAUACGAAAAAUUGAAGCGUUUCGUUAGAACGAUCCAAGUGAGACGCGACAACGGUACUUACAGCCAGAGCUACUUGAUACACACUUGGUACACGGGGUGGAGAAGAACCAAACAGUACAGAAGGCACACGGUGGAAAGUGGCUGCACGCUCCGUUUCACGUUGCUGCAUAAAAAACACAACGGCAGAGUCACAAUUCCGUGUCUUAUUCAAGUGAAUUGUGAGGCCAAAUUUCAUUUCCCUUCGUAUCAUACGGUGAAUGAAACAAGACGAGACAAUUUUUGGGGCCUGUGGAAAUCAGCAAUUUCCAAAUUCGUCAACUUUUUCAAAAUAAUUAAUUUAAAAAGUGUGUGAUUGGAAUGAAGUGAGUUUUUGACGUGAACCAGUCAGCAAUUGGAUUGUUCAUCAAGAUUAAGAUUGUGCCAGACGCAGUUUCGUUAUGCUGCCGAAGAUGAUGUUCAUGUUUUUGAUAAUCUUUGGUUUCGCUGCCGGCAGUCAGAGCACCGUUAUAAUUUCAGACGUCUCGAUGAAUGCAGCCGAGACAUUACCAGCCUAUAAUCCACAGUUCAUGGCGCGCUGUUACUUCCCGGCGGAAUUCCAGGGCGAGUUCUUGACGCAGGUGAGCGGCGUAGAGGCAAGAGGAUCCAGCAAUACUGGCGAGCCGAUACAGUACUCCAGCGUCAACAUUACCUAUGACUCAAUACCUGUCUGGGGAUAUUGUCAUAAAAGAUUCGAAGAGAACGUUCUACUGGUUGCCAAAUAUGACGAUGGCGAAUGCAUCAGGUGUUUUCGCCUGCACCGACGAUCCCGCAAUAUAAUCGAAGUUUUCUUCGAGGCCCUCGACAAGUGCUACACAUACGAGAAGAGUGCUAUCGCCUCUUGCGACCAUCUUGAUACGAGAGCGAUUCUUUACCGUACGAAAGAAGUCGGUGGCAUUGAUAUCAGAAAUGAAUUCUGUCCAAUAGCCGGCAGAUACCACUUCAAGUAUGAUAUCAAUGAUGGUUCUGAAACGACAAUCGAGUGCAAUACAUUCUCAUCUGACAUGGAAAAUUGUCCAGAUGGAUCCAUCUUUCGACUGCAGUUCAAGAGAUGCUCAUUUGAAAAUCGAGACAUUACCUUUAAUUGCCUGGGAAGUUGGCCUGGUGGACCUCACGGCUCUCGCUAUAUUGCACUAUUGGACACCAGGGUGGGAGGUGAACGUCGGCCGCAAUAUCGAUGCGGGCUGUAUCACGUCGAUAAUAAAAAAGGGAAAACGUAUUUGGCAUUGAGCAGUGAUUCCAGCUGCACUGAGAAUCUUGAAAAUUCAACAAGUGGAUAUGAGACACUUGUUCUGAGCAAAGCGACCAAUCAGAAGCAAAUACCACAAUAUGUUUCAUCACAUCUGGCAUCCUAUCCAAAGUGGGCACAAGGUGAAUGGGAGGAGUCCCUAAUUGUUAAUGGAACAAUGACAUUCAACGAUCUGAAUGGAUACCGUAGCUUUACAUUUGUCACUGUUGAUUCUAAUGAUCACACUGGGAGAUAUGUGGUUUAUUCGAAAGACCACUGCGAACAAGAAGCUUACGUGUGCCUCAUGAUGCGUCAACGUAGUGAAAAUGUCCUGGAGUUCAAAAUAGGAAAAAUCCCUAGUCCUGUGUACGCCAGUUAUCUUUGCGAUGAUCAGAGUUUGGAUAAAUCCGACUGGAUGACACAAGCUCGACUAGAACGCGUCGUGGAAUCUCCCUGUCCCAUCACUGGCCACUACGUAGGAACGAUACCUGAUCUACCGGGCACGUGCGCCGAAUUGAGCAGUAACUGCUUCACAAAAGAGAUCAUGUAUUAUAAGGUCACCGACUGCGAAUCUGGAGAGCUCUACGAAGAACGCAAAUACCUGUGCCUCGGCCAGUGGGAAGAGCAAGGAGUAAUGUACACCUACACCAUGAGAAACGAUACAAGCACAAACGAGUGUUUCGUCGGUCUAAUCGUGAGCGAUGAGGAAAUUUACAUAAAGGAAGCUGGAGAUCAUUGUCUUCGAGAUAUCGAUCCACGUAGAGAGGGUAUGCGUCUUUACAAGAAAGGACAAUGCUAUGGUAAUUCACCGAGCCCUGCACCGGUACCCAUAAAACCACUCAUUCCACAUGAUCCUAUCAUGAGAAUUACGUCGCCUCCACAUUCCAGGAUACCAAUGGAACCAACAAGAACUCCACCGAGAAAUGCCGGUUCUUCAUCACCCACAAUGACAAUCAGAUGGUCUCCUGUGAUGGUUUCCGUGAUAAUGUGCCUAGGAUUGAGCUUCUGGAGGAAUAUUUAUUAAGAUAAGAAACUAUUUUUGAAAUGAAGUACUCUAUUUUGGAACGAUUUACAUGCCAGGAGAAUCCUGACCGACUGUUGUAACAUCGUGCAUUCGAUAUCCAACCUUCCAUCAGACAUUUCAUGUCUUAUUUAUACUACAAUCUAGAAAAUUGAUUGACCUCGCGAUACGAUGAAAAUCAAUCACUGCUUUAUUCUACAAGAGAUGAGAUUUUUCUACAGGAACAAAACUAUAAAUUUUAUAAUAACUUUAUAGUAAUCAACGCUGGUGGAAUUUAAUAACUCAAAUUUUAUUUUCCAUUUCACUUUGUAAAAUAUUAUUUAUUUCUUUUAUCAACUGAAGAAUCAAACCCUUUGAUUCUCUAUCGUUUUUAUUAUUAAUUGAAUAUUGAUAAUGAAUGUGUACAGACCGAAAAAAAUUCAACACAACUCUACGAAAUGAUGUCUCGAGGGAAAUGGUGAGAGAUUAUUCUGAGAAAUUGCUACAGAUUUAACCAAUAUCUUUGCACAUAUUGGCUUACUAACGAAUGAAAGAAUAGUGAAUAUUUUUUAAAUGAGAAGAAUUUUUUUUUUACAUUUUUCUACAACUUCGUUAACAAAUUUUACUUUUUGAUUUUUUUUCUACAUGAAAGUUUUUGGCAUAAUUUUGUUUGCUCUCCAUUUUCCUAUCAUACUCCUUCCCCGUGUAAUUAUAAAAAAAAUUAUGUACAUAUGUGUAAAUGACUUAGUUUAUAGAGAAUUUUAUUGUGAUUGUCAUCAUCGAUGUGUAAAGGGAUUCACCUCAGGAGCAUCUAUUUUUACAUCGAUUAAUUAAACCUAAACUAUGAGAGAAUAUAUAUUCUACGAGAAAUAAAUAAA